AUGAUCACUGGUGAUACGAUGUGUUUGAAGCACAGGGAGAUGAUGGAAGAGGGCUUGGAUGGGACAGCAGUCUAUGUGUGCGUCAAAAUGUACUCCCGUGACCUGAACCUGAGCCAGCCCCCGGUCAAGGUUGCGAGCAUGGCCCAGAUUGCAUCAGUAUUCCCCGAAAUCCCACGUGGUGUUCAUGCUGCAGUUGAGCUGUCUGGCGUCCAGAUUGACACUUUCACAAAAUUGUCAGACCUGGCAGACAAGUAUGGCAUGACAGAAGCUGCCAAGGCUUUGAGAGGGAUUGUUUUUGUGAGGCGCUAUGAUGUGCAUAGGACUCGUGAUCUUCAUGUUUUGGAAGUCUUCAGUCUUUCCAAGACACUGGUCAAUGCAGCAGAAACACGUGGGCUGAGUGCAGAGAGUUUCGACUACAUGAAUCCAGGGCAAGGGGACGUCUUGUCAGAGACUGGUUUUCAUCAAGCAAUUCGGAUGGUCAUGCGGUUGAAGGAAGCUGGUCUGAUGUGUAUUGCACCCGAUUGUUCCAGCUUUUCUUGGGCAUGCACAAGUAAGACCAAGCGCACCAAGAAAAACUUUGCAGGAGACACUGGCAAUCCCACUGUCAGGCAUGGGAACUUCAUGGCUGAGGUGUCGUUCUUCCUGUUUGUCUUGGCAGCAGCACGAGGUGUAUAUGUUUGUUUGGAGAACCCAGUGGGCUCGACACUGUUCUCAUACCUGAAGGCACACAUCUUAGCGCUGGAUGCAGUCCUCAGUCCUCUGUUCUUCCUUGUUGACCGCUGUGCCUUUGUGACCGAGAGACCUACAUAUGGCAAAAGGUACAAGUUUCUGUGCUUGCACCCCAGUCAUGCAGUCUUCAGUCCUUGCUGGUUCAAAAAAGCUGUGCACAGUCCAUGCACCUGCAAAGAGAAGCACCUGCCAUUGAUGGAUGCGAAAAAGGACAAGGGUGCAGCAACACUGGAAAUGCAGACCUGA